UAGCUUUUUUUAUUUUAAAGGGGUGUAUGCCUAUAUUUUUGUGUUCUAUAUUUGUCACAUACAUAUAUGAUGGUGUAAGUAGGACAUUUGUGUGAUGAUAUUUUCCAGACUCUAAGGCAGACAUACCUCUUUUGUUAUGACUCCUUGUAUUGGCCUCACAGAUAAUGUGUUUUCAUCAGCAGAAAUUUAAGACCCUUCAUGAUGAAAAGAUGACAACUUACUUUAGCAAUUUUCAAGUUGUCCCUUCCAUAAGUGCAUGUUAUUUACCAGCUCCCUUGGCACUGGAUCGCCGUCUUGCUGUUGAAUUGGAAUGGGACAACUCUUCAUCGUCCCCUUGGACUCUCCGACCCACAGUACCAGAAGACCUGCGUGGGAAUGCCGCUAGGCUUAACCAAUGAAGGGUCAGAAAAGGCAUCUCUAUUAGGGCACAAUGCAGAGGGCGGUACUUCCGGUGUCCUUACAACCGGCAUUUUGUCUUCACCCAGAAUCCGCUCAACUUCUUGUUUGGCGGCUCCACAUCGCUGGUUCUGGGGACGGAGAAGGCGCGGUAGUCGUGGUCUACACAAAAACAGCAGAGUAACGGAUUUGGCAGCGCUGCCGGGGUGACCCGCCCCACGGACCGGACUGGAGCCGCCGCGUCCGGGGCGUCCUUCUCUCCGGACACUUGCGCCCCAUUCUGCAAACAGUAUGAUGGCGGCGAACACUCCGAAGCUCCCGGCUGCGGUUGGUGUGACCUUUGCGGACAUUGCCCUGUACUUCUCCAGGAAAGAAUGGUGCCUCCUUGAUGAGGAUCAGAGACACCUGUACCUGGAUGUGAUGCUGGAGAACUUUGAACUUGUAUCCUCCCUGGGUUGCUGCUGUGGAGCAGAGGAUGUGGAAGUACCGAUUGAACAAAACGUUUCAGUUGGAGUGUCUCAGGCAAAGAAUUCCAAGGUGGCUUCAUCUUCCCAGAAGAACCACCCCUGUGAGAGUUGCAGGCCCGUCUUGAAACAUAUUUUCUACUUGUCUGACCAGCAGGAAACACAACACAGCCAGAAACCAUUGAGGUGUGGGGCAUGUGCACAACAAUUUUAUUUCAGUGGAAAGUGUGACCAGCAGCAAGAACACCAUAUUGGAGAGAAGCCUUUCAUAAGAAGCAUGGACAGGAGGAACCUACUUGCGAAGGGUUGCAAUUGCAGUGUUUCCCAGAAGCUUUUAACUUACAGGGAGGCUGGGCAGGAUAUCCUUAUCAUGUCAGGACAUGUCCAACAACAGUCUACUCAAACCAGGAAGAAGCCAAAUGAAAUCUUGGCAUCUGGGGUCACUAUUCAAAGAAGAAAAAGUGAUUAUACCCAGAGCGAAUGCAAAAAAGCCAUUGGCUGCAACCACACAUUUCUUGAGAACAAUAAUGUUUGUAUUGGAAAACAGCAUUUUGUGUGUCGUGAAUGUGGAAAAUAUUUUACCAGAAUUUCUGGUUUUUGUCAUUGUCAGAGAGUUCACACUAAAGAGACACCUUACAAAUGCAGUGAAUGUCAGAAGUCUUUUAGCAGUAAUACUGGCCUUUGUUGUCAUCAGAGAGUUCACUCUGGAGAAAGGCCUUAUGAAUGCAGUGAGUGUGGGAAAUCCUUCACCAGCAGCACUCGUCUCCGUUAUCAUCAGAGAUUUCACACGGGAGAAAGGCCUUAUGAGUGUAGUGAAUGUGGGAAAUCUUUUACCAGAAUCGAUCACCUUCGUUAUCAUCAGAGACGUCACACUGGAGAAAAGCCUUAUGAGUGUGUUGAAUGUGGAAAAUCUUUUACUAGUAAUACUGGUCUCCGUUAUCAUCAGAGAGUCCAUGCUGGAGAAAGGCCUUACAAAUGCAGUGAAUGUGGGAAAUCUUUUACCAGUAGCACUGGCCUCCAUUAUCAUCAGAGAUUGCACACAGGAGAAAGGCCUUAUGAGUGCAGUGAAUGUGGGAAAUCUUUUAGUAGAAUCCAUCACCUUCGUGGUCAUGAGAGAGUUCACACUGGAGAAAGGCCUUAUGAAUGCAAUGAAUGUGGGAAAUCUUUUACUAGUCGAAGUGGUCUGCGUUGUCAUCAGAGAUUUCACACUGGAGAAUGGCCUUAUAAGUGCACUGAAUGUGGGAAAUUUUUUUGCAGUAGCACUGGCUUUCUUUAUCAUCAGAGAUUUCACAGAGGAGAACGGCCUUACAAGUGUAAUGAAUGUGGGAAAUCUUUUACCAGAAUCCAUCACCUUCGUUGCCAUCAGAGUGUUCACACUGGAAAAAUGCCAUAUGAGUGCAGUGAAUGUGGGAAAUCUUUUAUCAGUCGCAGUGGUCUCAGGUAUCAUCAGAGAUUUCACACUGGAGAAAGGCCUUAUGAGUGCAGUGAAUGUGGGAAAUCUUUUACCAGUAUGCAUAACCUUCGCUGUCAUCAGAGUGUUCACACUGGAAAAAGGCCUUAUGAGUGCAGUGAAUGUGGGAAAUCUUUUAUCAGUCGCAGUGGUCUUGGGUAUCAUCGGAAAUUUCACACUGGAGAAAGACCUUAUGAGUGUAGUGAAUGUGGGAAAUCUUACACUACGAUCUAUUCCCUUCGUUAUCAUCAGAGAUUUCAUACAGGAGAUAGGCCUUGUGAGUCCAAUGAAUGUAGGUAAUCUUUUUGUAGUAGCACCAACUUUUGUUAUCAUCCACAUUUCACACUGGAGAAAGGCCUUUAGAAUUCAAUGAAAGUGGGAAAUCUUUCACCAUAAGCACUGGCCUUCGUCAUCAGAUAUUUUACUCAGGAGAAAGGCCUCAUGAGUACUGUUAAUGUUGGAAAUCAUUUAGCCAAAAUUUUAAUCUCCCUCUCCACAGAAGAGUUCACAUGGGUAGAAGGUCUUAGAUGUGUCAUAAAUGUACUAUUUUUUUUUAACUUUUUUGGUUUUAAACUAUAAGAAACUCUUUAAGCUUUGUCUGAAUUGAGUCUGAUAACAGUAGGGAGAUUCCCCCAUACAUUUGUAUUAUGCAAUAAGCAUGUAUUUCUAUGUUGCACUUUCUAAUUUAUCCAGAUGUCUUGCUAUAUCCAUGUCACUGCAUAUUUCUAUUGCUGGCACUAUUUCACCUGUACCACCUAUAGGAUUCCCACAGAUUACCUUAGUCACCAUCCUAAUGUGCUUACAGAAGGUCAUUGUUCUCUCUGAUUUGUUGGCGAAAAUUAAGAGUGGCCUUAGUGUUUAAGUCUUUAUUCCUUUUACUGUUACUGUUGGCACAUUGACCUGAUGUGAUAUUGGUCCAGAGAACAUCAUCUGAGUUCAGCCAUCACCUUCAGAAGGACUACCUUUUUCAGGGACAUGCUUUUCCUAGGUAUCAGUGAUGAAUUAUUGAGUGUCCAGGUCUCUAGUGCAAGUACUGCCAAGCUCAUCUCCAUUUGAUUUGUAAAACAAUAAAGGCUCUUUUCUAAAUCUUG